CAAUAAAAUUACUGGAUUUAAAAAGUCAAUUAAUUUUAAUUCCGAUUCUUCCAAAACAUGUGUACGACUAAAUAAUGCAUUUUUAGCACGCCCUGUUAUUGACUGAAGUUAUUUUCGUUCACAUAUUUUCAUAACAAAUAAAAACACAAACACAACAGAUUUUUCGAUCAUUAAUUACUUUUUUAAUUAAUAAUAAUAAUGUCGGAAAAGGGCGUAAGUGAAGAUGCACAAGCAUAUGGUGAUCAAAGUUUGCAGAUGAUAUUUUCUAAGGGCUGGGAAGGAUUCGAGGAAUUAGAGGAAACUUCUCUACCAUUCAACUCGGCAGAAUAUCAACGCAAAGUUAAAGAGACUAUGAAGAAAUUUGAAGAAGCCACAACUAUUGUAAAUCAGAUUGGUCUGUUCAGUCCCAAUGAGCUUAUCGAUGAAGUUUCUACUGAUUCAUUGCAAUACCUGAUGCUUCCCUUCUAUUUGGGUAAAAUAGCGCUAAAACUACAACAUGAAAGUCGUGGUGAAGUACUCCAAAUUGCUGAAGUAUACUUCAAAGAUUUUUUACAGCGUUGUCAAGAAUAUGACCUAUGUGACGAGUAUAAAAAAAAUGCAGUUGGAGCAGCAGAAGGUAGUAAUACAGAUGAAUUAGCGCAACUAAUGCGUGCAGCGCAUGCUCGCAACGACAAAAUUGCACAAUUCAGAAAAAAGAAAGAGUUGGAUGAAUUUAUAAGGAAAAUGAAACUUGCUGUGCGCAAUAAAAGUGUUGAUGAUGAAGUACGUAGAGAAUUUUUCUUAAAACUACUCAAUAAAAGUAUUAUCGAUGCCACUGAAGAAUUGGAUAGCGUCCAAUUAGAAAAACAAAUGGUACAAAUGCGUACAAUGCAUGGUUCAACCGUUGCACAAUCUAAUGAGCAUAUAGCAUUCGAUAAUGUCAAAGCAAUAUCUACUUCAGACACAGCUGGACAUUCACAUCAUCAUCACCAUCAUCUUUCACAACAACCGAAGAAAAAACCUAUGCAACCGUUUAUUAUUACACGUAACUCUGCACAAAAAGCGGUAUUCGGAGCGGGCUAUCCAAGUUUGCCGGUGAUGACAGUCGAUGAGUUUUACGACCAACGUGUACGGGAAGGAGUUUUCCCUGAUGAAGAGAAAGUGGCCAAAAUGAAUCGAGAACAAGCAAUAGCCGCUGCACAAGAUCCCAAUGAGAAGGAGGAUCAAGAAAAGGCUGUUGAAGAGAUUCAAGUUGAGAAUGAUGAUCCAGAAUAUUUAGCGCGUAUGCGCCGCAUGGAUGAAUACAAAGAUGUUGUACGUCGUGGCGACGGCAACCGUUACAAUCGCAGUUAAAUCACCGCUCAUAUUUAUUUAUUAUAAAUGUGUAACAAAUUAAAAGCACGUUUCUUUGUUUUUUUUAAGACGAUUUUAAUGAUUUCAUAAAAAUAAAAAUAUAAAAGUUUUCAAA